AUGAUCUUGACUCGAGCUAUGGCAGAAGCAUUUGGAUGGGAAGGGAUCAUGCAUCUUUGUUACGGAAAAGACAGUGUGUGUGAGAAGGAGCAGAUUUUUGCUCCGUUGGGGCAGGCUGCGUAUUUGGAGUCGCACCGUAAACAAAAGUACAAUGCUGUUCUUUCGUGGAGAAACAAUGUGGUUAAUGAAGUCGGAAGCGUGCCCAGACCCGAUGAAAUUGAUUUUCAAGAGCAGACAUUGCAUACCGAUGUGGGAGAGUUACCCUCAUUACAUUCCCAAUCAUCGGUAAGCAGUAACCACGAAAGCGUGAACGUGGGAACGUCGGACGCAUAUCCUCACACUCGUUUCAUCUUUACAAGGACAUGGAAUGACUGGAUGUUGCUAUUCUCUAGCAUAUCAUCGUGGAUCUCUGAGUAUGAAACGACACGAGUUCGCGCAGGUUUAGCUCAUGAAUUUGGCCUAGAGCCUGUGUUCCAGACACCAGGGUUUGUAUCAAAUGAGUUGCCUUCAGUGUGCGUCGAGGACGAUGCAUUGAGUAGUGCCAAUGGGUUUUGGCGCUUGCCUGGAAUCCCUGGUGCCUUGCGAUCCGAAUCAAAUCAGGAGCAUAUGGACUACCGUUGGUCCCGCAGUAAGCUGCAUAGCAGCCAAGUGGGAACGCCUGCUGUUAUGUCGAUGGCCGGAGCGCAAUUCUACUUUAUGCAGCUUUCUUCUAAAUCUUGGGUUCAUCUCGGUUCAUGGGAGCUCUCGUACCUCAAUCGGUGUAUUUUCCAUUCAAUAAUUGCUGAACAGCGGUUCCCACCACCUGGCGAUGCUGUCGCUUUGGAAAUGCCUGCGACUGAAGUUUCUAAAACACAUACUAUUCAAUGUCCCUACCCAACCCCCGAUGGAGCAUGUAAUGCGAUGGAAUGGAGACAAUGGCUUCAUUCGUUGCAUGAUGGGCAGAUUAUUGCACCAGCUGUAUCAUGGCAAGGCUGGUGGGUACUGAUUGCCAUGCUUAACGGAGGAGAUCGAACGGGACGGUCUUAUGAUUUGCAGCUACGAGCACCGGGAGAUCUUGUAGAGAAUCCGGAUUCAACAAUUGUGUAUUUGUAG